AUGCCUAAAGCUGAGGAUGGCACAGAAAUUAAGAAAACCAGCCCUCCCUCCCCCGCCCCAAAGCACAAGAUAAUGCCAGAGGAAUUUAAAGCUGAUGGAAUAUACGGCUGUUCUGUCGCUAAUCAUCUCAGUUCGGAUGUGGAAAGUUCUUCUGUGCUGUAUGCAAAGGCACCUGUCAUCUUGGCUAUUGGAAGAAAUAUCACCAGACCGGAGCACAGCCAUCUCUCCGUCGUGAUUGGAGGCAUCGUGGAAGCACCCCAGCGACCAAACGUGACCAUCCAAUGUCCUGUAAAAGACUCUAGGUCCACCCACAUGUCUACAAAUGACCCAAUUUUGCUCGACAUCACUAAUUAUUAGAGAAAUGCAAAUCAAAACUACAAUGAGGUAUCACGUCACACCGGUCAGAAUGGCCGUC